AUGAAGGACGACGACGAGGAUGAGGAAAACACCUUCGGUGUCACCAGAUACCCCUGCAUGCCGUCACUGGUGGCCCUCCAGCAGAUGCGGAACCGUCUCCAUCUGGCCUUCCUUGGACGGAAGCUCAUGAAAUGGACCAUGACAGCCACCGGACGAGAGAUGAGGAGAAUUGCUGGAGAGAUCGACGCAAUAUACAAAGGCUUUGACGCUGAUUUACGAAACGCUUACAUACUUUUGGCAAGAAGUCGCUAUUUCGAUCCGACCCUCAACCAGAUGGUGUUGGAGAACAUACCCACUAAGGCUGCUGUCAUGGUGGUGCCUACAGCGAAGGCUGUAUCGGGUGUGAAGCUCAUGAACUAUGCUAUUAUCGAGACAAAUGCACAGUGCUACGUUCAUCUGGGCCUAGAAAAGGGUGGCCAAACUAUAUUAGAAACGAAAAAGGCGUGGCUGGAACUUCUCAAACGGCUCAUAUCAAUGCUGCAAUUGCGUACAAGUUUCAUGACAGUGGAGAUUUCGAACAGAGCUGCUACCAAGAAAAUGAACGUCCUGGGCAAAAUUGUAAUACCCAAAACAAAUGUCACAAUGGGUUAUAUCAAUAAUGAAUUGGAGGAGCUGGCGAGAGAGGAGUUUUUUAGACUGAAAAAAGUGUUAGAUAUAAAAAGAAAGUUGAAAGAGGCCAAGGAGGAUAAGGUGGAAAAGAAGACGGUGGAGGAUAAGCCCACAAAGCGAAAACCCAAGGUAACACCACCAGAAGAAAUAGAAGAAGGAAAAUGUAUUAUCUGCGGAGGUAUUAUACAAGAAUUAACAGAAGAAGAGAAAGAAGCACAAGCAGAGAAACUGGAAGAGUUAAAGGCACAGAUUAAAGAAAUCAUGGACAUGACAAAGGGUUUGAAUCAAGAAGGAAUUUUGCGAACCAAUGUAAACGAAUUUUUACGGACCGCUGAGGAGUUGAAAGAGAAGAUUGACGAUGAUAGUUUAGAUUUUGAACUAAUAUCACUAGAUUUAAACCUAGAAGAGAUGUGUGAGGAGUGUCGAAUUAAAUAUUUAGACCAACAUAAGAAAGUUAAAAUAAUGGAAACACUUAUUGAAGAUCCUUUACCGGAAGAAACAGAUGUACCGAGUAGUGAUUUAAGUCAACUUAAUGGUAUUACAAUAAAAGAGCCUUCUAAAGAGACUGUAAAGUCAACAAAACCUCCUGAGGCCGAAACACCGAGAGAGCCAUCUAGUAGAUCUGUCAAGUCAUUACCUCAGCCCGAAACACCAGGAUAUUCGGGCGUUGAAUCAGAUAUGGAGUUGGGUACAUUUGAAACUGAAGAAAAAGAAAUCAUCAAGAUAAAACGAAUUAGAAAUGAAGAUGGUACUUACUCAGAACAAAAGAAGGUUAUUAAAAUUAAGAGAGAAGUUAAAACACCUGCUAAAACUAAGUCUACAGCGUCUAAUGGAGCACCAUCUUCGACAAGUUCAGGAAAGCCCCCAUUUUCUGGUUCUAAAACUAUAGGUAUGGUUGAAGUGCAUACCAAAGCCUUGAAUGCUUUUGAUAAGGUAGAGAACGCUCUACCUAUUAUUUACACACAAUCUUCAGAGUCUUUAAAACGUAUUUUUUCGUCUUCCGUAACUUUAUUAAGUUCUAAUAGUGACCAAUUUGUAGCAAAAAUUAAAAAUUCAAAUAAAAUAUCGAGAAAAACCUAUGUUACAUCAGCGUUAUCAAAUUCAGAAGAAGAACUUUUGCUGCAGAUCAAAGAUAGGCCCUGUAACGUAGCGUCAAGCUUAGAAAAUAUAAAGCCACGCUAUAAAAUUAACAAAAGCAUUUCUUAUUACUAUUAG